AUGUUAAGCCAGCUAUUUCCCUUGAUUAAGGAAAAGCCUUUGACAGAACAGGUAAAAUCCCGAGAUGCCUUCAUCUACUUGGAUCGUUGUGUGUUUUUCUUUGGCUGGAAUGAGCCCAGUGAUAAAAGAUGGAACCGAGUCUAUAGUUUAUGGACCAUUUGCACCACCUUAAUCGCUCUUAUCCUGCUACCUUCAUCCAUGGUUGUGGAAUAUGUUAAUCGUUUUCGUAGCUUCUCAGCUGGAGAGUUUCUUAGCUCUUUCGAGAUUCUAAUGAAUAUGAUUGGUUGCUCAUUGAAAUGCGGUUACAUAAUUGCAGGAUAUCGAAAUUUCCAAAGAGCAAAAUGGGUGCUGGAUCAGUUGGAUAAAAGAUGUCAGAGUGAUGAGGAACGGGCCAGUGUUCAUCGUCAUGUGGCCAUGGGAAAUUCAUUGUACAUUCUAUAUCAUUUUUUAUAUACUACUUAUGUGGUCACCAAUUUUGUGGGCUAUUUCCUGGUUGGACGUCAUGCCUGGCGCUUGUAUAUUCCUUUACUCAAUUCUAAUGAGAACUUUGUGGUGUCCAGUUUGGCUGAACUUCUCCUCAUGACUUCUGUGGUCACCAUGCAACAAUGUACGGAUGUGUGUCCCAUUAUUUAUAUGCUACAAGCACGAUGUCAUAUCACUCUCUUAAGAGAUCGCCUGGAGAAGUUGCGAUCGGAUCCGGGCAAGGAUCAGGAUGAGCACUAUAUGGAUCUAACCUUAUGUAUCAAGGAUCAUCGAUUGAUUUUGGAUUAUAUAAACGCCUUGAGACCUGUUUUUUCGGGAACUAUUUUCGUGCAAUUUCUACUGAUUGGUCUUGUCCUCGGCAUAUCAGCAAUUAAUGUAAUGUUUUUCUCAUCAUUUUGGACUGGACUGGGAACCUUUGUCUUUAUGUUUGAUGUCUGUAUGGAGACAUUUCCUGUAUGUUAUUUGUGCAAUUUUAUAGCCGAUGAUUGCCAAGAGCUUGCCAAUUGCCUGUUUCAAUCAGAUUGGAUUGAAGCCGAUCGUCGUUAUAAAUCUACAAUGGUACAUUUUCUUCAUAAUCUUCAGCAACCAAUUAUACUAACCGCUGGCGGUGUAUUCCCUAUAUCUAUGCAAACCAAUUUAUCAAUGGUCAAAUUAACCUUUUCUGUGGUAACGCUUGUAAAGCAAUUCAACCUGGCUGAGAAGUUUCAAUAA